GCGGCUGCUAAAUUCUUAAGGGUGUUGAACUUCGUAGACCGAAGGUGUAGUGUGUGAUCAGUUCAUGUUCUGAUAGACUUGCUUCAAGUUUUAAAGGCAAAAAGUUUGCCAAAAUGUCAAGUGCGAAGGAAAAGCAAUUGGGGUUACACAAAGUGAUCAUGGUUGGAAGUGGUGGGGUUGGAAAGUCAGCUCUUACUCUGCAGUUUAUGUAUGACGAGUUUGUUGAAGACUACGAGCCUACCAAAGCUGACAGCUAUAGGAAAAAGGUUGUUUUAGACGGAGAAGAGUGUCAAAUAGAUAUUUUAGACACGGCAGGACAGGAAGAUUAUGCCGCUAUACGCGACAAUUAUUUUCGGAGUGGGGAAGGAUUUCUCUGCGUGUUCUCAAUCACUGAACCCGAGUCAUUUGAAGCAACAUCGGAAUUUAGAGAGCAGAUUCUUCGCGUUAAGGGAGACGACGAACAUAUACCUUUCUUGCUGGUUGGAAACAAGGCUGACUUAGAAGAUAAACGGCAAGUAACAGCUGACGAAGCUCAAUCGAAGGCGAAGGAGUGGAACGUAGCUUUUGUCGAAACUUCAGCUAAAACAAAAGCGAACGUUGACAAAGUAUUCUUUGAUCUUAUGAGGGAAAUUAAAUCGCGGAAAGAAGACGGUUUGAAACCAGUUAAGGACAGUAAAAGAAAAAAGAAAAAGAAAUGUGAAAUUCUGUAAAUCUGUGGCCUACUUACUCGAAAUAUUGCAAAAUAUUAUAUGCGAACUUUGUAUCUGUGAUCCCGUUCUUUAUGCACUCCCUUAUGGAUUGCGGAAACUUUCAUUUUCUUCCUUAUUGAGAUACUGUUACGUUUUCUUCCUAGUAAUUUACGAGCUUAUACCUCCAAGGAGAAUGUUUUGAUGUUAUGUAUCACACUGAAUACAUUUAUUUUAAAAAGCAAUUUACCAAGAUACAUGUUUAAAUUUCUAAGUGACCAUUACAUAUUUUCUCCUCUUACAUAGGAGGGUUACGAAAUUAGGUAUGAUUUGACUUGACAGCUUUGAUCAUCAUCCUGUAUUCUCUAAGUAAAAUUUCAGAAUAUUACUGUUAUUUCUAAGGAAAAGUAACAAAUUGGAAGAGCUUGAGCUGAGGUUACAAUGAAUUUGAAGACAGUUAUCAAUAAUUGUCACAAAGUGUUUAUAAAUAACAGUGACACGUAAAUAAUUUAUGUUUCUUGAAUUGUACAUUAAAAUUAUUGACUCAAGCUAUUUUAGUUUUUUGACACAGACCACUUUAUUUCAUUUAUCUUACUGUUGCAACUGAAUCAUGGCAUGUUAUAGGAAUUAAAUCACUGUUGUUUUAGUGUAAAAUCAAUUUUCUUGACUCUGCUCCACUUGCAUUUGUAGAUUUACUCAGGUGACAUUUUACUGUCUCAUGGUAUGGUCAAUUCUAGGAAGUGACAAUACCAUAAGAUAAAUUGCAGUAUUUUAUUUCUUAUGUAUUCACUAGAGUAAAAAAUGAGAAUCUUUUACACUGUAUACAAUGUUAAUUGUGAUGAUUUUAAUAAAAGUAAGGAUAAUGAU